UUCUCUCCACUAUCACUAACACAACUUUCAUUCACUCACCAUGGCCACGCGCCACCUUCUCAACCUCACGCGCCGCUCUAAAAUCACUCGUUUUACCCUUCCACCACCAUGUAUUACCCUCUCUUCCCGAUCCUCCACCUCCCUAACCACCCCACCACCCACCCCACCACCAACCCCACCCCCACCAGAUUCAAUGACCUACGAUCGCUUAGCCGAACAAGUCAAAUCAAAAAUCAAACGUCUAGAAAACCCUAACCCUAAAUUCCUCAAAUACAAUUCCCCACACCCUACCGUACACGAUCACACCUCAAUAUUAACCUCACCGGAGACGAAAAUCACAACACUACCAAACGGCUUACGUGUCGCAACGGAAUCAAAUCUGUGCUCUCAAACGGCCACGAUCGGUGUUUGGAUUGACGCAGGAUCACGAUUCGAAACUGAUGACAAUAACGGUGUUGCACAUUUCCUUGAACAUAUGAUAUUUAAAGGAACUGAGAAAAGGGGAAUUAGGGUUUUAGAAGAGGAAAUUGAGAAUAUGGGAGGGCAUUUGAAUGCGUAUACGUCGAGGGAACAGACGACGUAUUUCGCGAAAGUUUUGGGGUCUGAUGUUGGGAAAGCUGUUGAUAUAUUGGGAGAUAUUUUGCAGAAUUCGAAAUUGGAGGAAGAUAUGAUUGUUAGGGAACGUAGUGUUAUUCUACGCGAAAUGGAAGAGGUGGAAAAACAGGCCGAGGAAGUCAUCUUUGACCAGUUACAUACUACUGCAUUCCAAUACACUCCAUUGGGUAGAACAAUUCUUGGACCUGCCCAGAACAUUGAGAAAAUGACAAGAGCUCAUAUUCAAGAUUACAUUUCAACCCACUAUGGUGCUCAUAGAAUGGUAGUUUCUGCUGCUGGAGCUGUGAAGCAUGAAGAUGUCGUUGAGCAAGUGAAGAAACAUUUUACAAAACUAUCAUCUAAUCCUAUUACCACUUCCCAAUUGGUGGCAGAUGAGCCUGCAAUAUUUACAGGUUCAGAGAUACGUAUCAUUGAUGAUGAUCUGCCUCUUGCUCAAUUUGCUGUUGCAUUUAGUGGAGCAUCAUGGACAGACCCCGAUUCCAUAGCUCUGAUGGUCAUGCAACAAAUGCUGGGAUCAUGGAACAAAACUUCAGGAGGAGGAAAGCACAUGGGUUCAGAGCUUGUACAAAGGGUGGCCAUUAAUGAGCUAGCUGAGAGUGUGAUGGCUUUUAACACCAACUACAAAGAUACAGGGCUGUUUGGAGUCUAUGCUGAAGCCAAGCCUGAUUGCUUGAGUGACUUAGCUUAUGUCAUGAUGAAUGCAAUAUGCAAGUUAAGUUACAGAGUGUCUGAAGCUGAUGUGGUUCGCGCACGUAAUCAGCUGAAAUCUUCUUUAAUGCUCCACAUUGAUGGCUCGGGCCCUACUGCUGAAGACAUUGGACGGCAGUUAAUCACAUAUGGCCGCAGAAUUCCAUAUGCUGAGUUAUUUGCCAGAAUUGACAGUGUCGAUGCCGGAACUAUCAAGCGAGUUGCAAAUCGUUUUAUUUUCGACAGGGACAUUGCAAUAUCAGCGAGGGGACCAAUUCAGGAUUUGCCUGAUUAUAACUGGUUCAGACGCAGGACAUAUUGGCUGCGUUACUAGAUUGCUUAUUCUUUCGUGAUGGCUUAAAUUCAUUUUCUAUUCCAAGUUGGAAGCCUGUCAUUGGGCACUAUACCACACAUGGUCUACAAAACACUUUUGUCAAUAAGAUAAGUGACAAAUUUUGUUGAUCACUUUCCUGCUUUUGUACAUGGUGUUAAUGUCAAGGAGUAAACAUUACUUGCGGAAGCCUUUGGCUGUCAAUUCAGUCAACAUAAAGUGGGAUCUCUGUCAUGCAAUGUAUAUGAGAAUUGCAUUGGCUAUUUUUCCUGUAUUAGAAUUCUUUGGUUAAAGUAUCCCGUUGGCGAUACUGGUGUGUUAUUUAUGAAUAUACGUCUCUCUCAUUCUCUUCA